AUGGCGGCGCUGCUGCGGCAGACAGAGGCAGCGGCCGCCGCGUGGUUUGCCGCGCCCGAAGCACGCAAGCUGGAGGAGGCGGGCGCGUAUGGGCCUGCGAGCGGGACGCUCGCCGGCUUCGCGCGCGGCCGCAACCGCGAGCAGCUGGAGCUGCGCCUCGUGAAGGGAGGACGAGGACGAGGAGUGUACCCAGCGCUCCGUGGCGGCGACGCGGCGGAGCCUGCGCUGACGCCGCUGGCGGAGCGGAGCAUGGCCACCCUCGACCGGGUCGCCCGCGUGCUGCUCGCGCACGUGGCCUCCGACCUCGGAGCCAGCCCUGGCUUCUUCGCCUCGCUCCUCGACCCGCAGCUGCCGGCGGAGGAGGGGGCGGCGGCGGCGGCGGAGGAGGAGGAGGCCGAGGCGGCGAUAGAAGCGGAGGAGGAGGCGGCGGCGGCGGCGACAUCGAAGGAGGCGCUUGAGGCGCAUGCGGGCUGCCCGCCGCUGCGGCACGCGGGCUUUGCGCCCUUCCAGAACAAGAGAGCUGCCGACGCUGAACCGGACGAUGUGAGUAGGCAUUCGGGCUUGCGGGCUUGCCGGUACAAGAGCGACGCGCCCGGCUUCGUCACUCUGGCCAGCGGGCGGCGGGUCGCCUGCGAGGAGCACAACGACGUCGGCCUGCUGACCCUCGACCCUCGCGCUUCUGUGCCCGGGCUGCAGGCGUUCCGCCAGAGUAGCCGCCGUUGGGUGGAUCUGGAGGGGGGGCAGGGGGAGGCGGCGGAGGAGACGGAGGGCCUGCUCACUGUGAUGGUGGGGGACACGCUGGCGGCGGAGGGCGAGGAGCGCGUCGGUUUGCCGUUUCUCUUCCGCUGCCGCGGCGAGGCGAUCAUCGACACGCGGGAGGAGAGGCGGCGAGCGGCGGCCGAGGGGCGGGAGACGGCACUUGCCGAGCUGCAGGGUAGCAGCGUGGAGGACCUGCCGACUGCCGAUUGCCCAGCGGCCCUCGUCAACUACAUGGCGUGGCGACGCAGGUAUCGAAGCUAA